AGUCCUGCCGCCUCGCCAGCGCUGCCUCGCCAGUGCCAGCCGCGGUGUAAGGGCUUCGGAGGGAGGUGCGGCAGGGAGUCCCUGCCAGCAGUGCGUCUGUGAGCGCGCCUGCCUCUCCGCCGUGGGUGCGGUGGUGGGCGCGGUAGGCUGCCUCCGGGACCAUCAGCCCCUCCUCAGGGAGGGGAUAAGCUGGCCGGGAGGGAGAGGACAAGCCUCACUGCAGGAGCAGACCAGCCGGGGCCAGUUUGGGCUGGAGGAUGUUAGCAUUUUGCUGGGUGGAGUGUGGCGCGGCCACGCGGAGUCCUGCAAGGCUGGGGAAAGCUUGGGGAAACCGUCCCAGAGGGGUGGGCUUGUCAGCCGGAGGGGACCGGGCUCCUCAGAUCUCCGUGAGGAUGGAGGACCGGCGCUGAUGAGAGACGCUCAGACCCGGGCUCUGCUGCGGGCCCUGUCCUUCAUGCUCUCCUAGCAGCUCUCAGCAAGGUCGGCGUGAACGCGGACUUUACUGCUGCUGGCCCCGGGCGCCGGAAGACAGUUCUCAGGCUUUUGUCUCCAGGGUGAAGAACUCAUUCAUAGAGCCUCCUAGACGAAGGCUUCCUCGGAGGCCCCGCUCUGGCCUGGCUCUUCGCUGUGUCCUGUGUGUGCGUUGUUUGCAUGCUCCCUGGUGACUGUGUGUGACCAGAGGCGUCUCAGCCUCUGAGCAUGUGGCUGUGGGGACCAGUUGUUGAGAGACUGGCAGUUCCUCCCAGACCUGUUUUUCUGGAAGCACCUUGGGGCCUGCUGUUGGAGAGGGUUUGAGGGGCCUUGUUUCAGCAGAGGUUGGCGGGCUCCUCAGCCCUGGAAGUCUAGGGGGAGUGCAGCACCUCCAUCCCCUGCCCGGCCGCUCUGGAGGGAGCCGGGGGUUUGUGCAGGUGGUUAGGGCAGGUGGCCCGGUGAGCAGUUCGAGCAAGAACGGUGGGAGGUGGCUCUGCGGUCACCCAGCACUUGCGACUUCCUGGCUUCGUUCAGUGGCCUUGCCCUUGGUGUUCUCCUGGGAGGCCAGGCUGUCCUGAGAUAGCCACUUGGAAUUUGGAGCCGUGGCAAGGGACUCAGAGGUCACUUGUGGAGGCUGGGACGUCCCCCAGCGCCUGCCUCUUCUCCGCAUUGCCUGCCGGCCAGCUCACAGCUCCUCGGGUACCACGGGUGCGAGAGAGGCCUGAUGGCUCAGGCGGGGAGACCUCGCUUAGCCGACGACCAGCUCCCGGGGCCUCUCGACUUUCCGGUUUGAGCUUGAGGGGAGGGGCUGCCACCGUCCCUGCAGAGAGGCCGGACGUUCCAGCCGCGGGGGAGGGCCGAGGGCCCGCUGGUCCCGUCGCGCAGAGAAGGCCUGGAGCCUGGAGGAGCCGCAGGGAGGGCAGGAGGGCCCUCGGCUCGUGGCGGCCGCACGUCCGCAGGACGGGGGUGGGCAGGGGCAGGGCGAGGCGGGGACCAGCCCCCGCCGAGGCGCCAGCGCCCUCAGCCGGGCCAGGCCCCCCCAUGGCCGCGAAGCAGGCUGCCGGGAGGAGCCCCGGGGAGAAGCGCAAGCGCGUGGUGCUGACCCUGAAGGAGAAGAUGGACGUCUGCCGGCGCCUGGAGAAGGGCGAGAGCCGCAGGGCGCUCAUGCAGGAGUACAACGUGGGCAUGUCCACGCUCUACGACAUCCGCGCCCACAAGGCCCAGCUGCUGCGCUUCUUCGCCAGCUCCGACUCGGACAAGGCGCUGGCGCAGCGGCGCACGCUGCACACGCCCAAGCUCGAGCACCUGGACCGCGUGCUCUACGAGUGGUUCCUGGUGAAGCGCGCCGAGGGCGUGCCCGUCUCGGGCCCCAUGCUCAUCGAGAAGGCCAAGGACUUCUACGAGCAGAUGCAGCUCACCGAGCCCUGCGUGUUUUCUGGUGGGUGGCUCUGGCGGUUUAAGGCCAGGCACGGUAUCAAGAAGCUGGACGCGUCCUCCGAGAAGCAGGCGGCCGACCACCAGGCAGCCGAGCAGUUCCGCGGGUUCUUCCGCAGCCUCGCCGCCGAGCACGGCCUGUCCCCGGAGCAGGUCUACAGCGCCGACGAGGCCGGCCUCUUCUGGCGCUGCCUUCCGGGGCCCGGCGCGGAGGGCGGCACGGGGCCUGGCCUCAGGCAGGGCAAGGACAGGCUGACGGUCCUCCUGUGCGCCAACGCCACGGGCUCCCACCGGAUCAAGCCCUUGGUGGUGGGGAAGCGCGGCGGCCCCCGGGCUGCCAAGGGCGUCCAGCCCCUGCCGGCCGCGUACCGGGCGCAGGGCAGCGCCUGGGUGGACAAGGAGAUCUUCUCCGACUGGUUCCGCCACAUCUUCGUUCCCGCCGUGAAGGAGCGCUUCCGCGCCCUGGCUCUGCCCGAGGGCAGCAAGGCCAUCCUCCUGCUGGACGGCUCCCGGGCGCACCCGCGCGAGUCCGAGCUGGUGUCCGAGAACGUGUUCACCGUCCUGCUGCCCGCCAGCGUCGCCCCCCUCCUCCAGCCGCUGGACCAGGGCAUUCGGAGGGACUUCAUGAGGAACUUCGUCAACCCGCCCGGCCCGCUGCAGGCCUUCCACUCGCGCUACAGCGUGACCGACGCGGUGCUCAGCGUGGCCUGCGCCUGGAACGCCGUGCCGGGCGCCGUCUUCAGCCGGGCCUGGAGGAAGCUGUGGCCCGAGGCCGCGCUCGCUGAAGGCUCGUCCUCAGAGGAGGAGCCCGAGCGCCUCAGCACGAAGCCUCCCGGGCAGCCCUUGGCGCGCCUCCCCGGGCCCGGGGGAGGCGCCGCCUCCUACCACGGCGGCGGCGGCGGCGGCGGCCUGCCCGGGAGCGCGGGGCCCGCGGAGGAGGGCGACGAGGCGGCCUGGGAGCAGGCGGCCGCGGCCUUCGACGCCGUGGUCCGCUUUGCCGAGGGGCAGCCCUGCUUCACGGCGCAGGAGGUGGGGCAGCUGUGCGCGCUGCGCUCCGUGUUCGUCAGGCAGCGGCAGGUGCAGCGCCAGCGCGGGGCCCUGGCGGCCGCCGUCAAGCUCGAGGCUCCCCCGGAGCACUGCCCAUUGCCCAGCUCGUCCACAGCAGGCGAGGACUGAGCUCCCUGGGCCCGACCUGCCGUCUCGGGGCCACGUUGCUCAGUCCGGCCGGUCCCGUGGAGGCUUUGCCGUGUUGCCUGUCCUGCCGCGUGGGUGCGAGGAGGUCUUCCUGAGGGGCCCGCCCAGACCGGCCGGGCACCAGGGCCCCCAGGGGCCGAACCCAGGCCUCGUGUUCGCCGGCUGAGCCUUGCCGUGUCCAGGGGAGAUGUCCGUCUGUCCAGGCGGGAGAAGCCACCUUCAGCUGACUUGCCACCACCGGUUGGAUCGGGGCUGGCACCUCCCGAGGUCCAGUGCUGCCUCCCACCACCCUCGCUCUGCUGGUCUGGGGCGGCCCUGGUUCCCGCAGGUCCCCAGGGCAGGACUCAGUCAGGAACGAGAGUCUGCGUUGCCCUGCCGCGGCUUUACAGGCCGCGUGUCCCCGUUUCGGUCAUGACCCCACUGACAGCACGAGUCUGCGAGGCCCUCCACGUCGCCAGCCAGCAGACCCCAUUCCUCGGGCUUGAACCCCACGAGCCGUGUGCCGACUCCGCCUCAUGGUAGAAUUGACCCCUUAAAGCCAGCGGGAGCGUGCGGCCUGGGUGCCUGUCACCCGCGUGGGACCACGGGGUGCUGCCAGGGUUUUAAGCGUCUUGACCCUGAGUCCAGCGUACGGUCCGCUGUCCCUUGUCCCCCAGAUUGUCACAUCUCCAGCCUCUGCGUUAAUAAACCUGGACCAGCCCUUCA